AUGUGUACUUAGGCGGUUGGCCUAAGGUACCUGGAUUCAUUUCGGGAACUUCGGGUUAGUCGUUUAUGUACACAUUGUGGCUUCUCGGUUUGGUUUCAGUUACGAGUGAUCGGCUGUGCAUGUUCUUGUUUGAUUGUUGCACGGCUGGUCGAGUCAACUUAUACUUAGACCAGAUCGGGGGUGUCACAGUGGUUGUGUCCCUAUCUUUGUGGGAUGAUGCUGCAGCAAAUUUUAGGGGUCUCAUCAACUCAGGUGACAGGACACAGUCUGUCAUGGUGGUCACGACUGUUAAUCCAAAAAUAUUUGGAGGCAACCUCUAUCUCAACUCAACGCCAGCAACGCAAUUUUAUUUCGACCCUGAGCUUCAAGCCAUCGCAGAGUUCACAACGAGCUUAGAAGCCCCGUUAGGAGAAGCUUUCCCCUGCAUCGAUACCAAAGAAGGGAUUAAAAAAAAGGAAGCUGUCUCAAUCAGAGAGCUAAACAAGUUCAUUUCCGAUUCUGACGAGCAGACACAGGAAGCUGAUUUUAUAUGCAAGGGUCGUGUUGUGGAAGUCAUGCAACAAAAUGGAUGGUCUUUCGUCUCCUGCACUGGCUGCAGCAGAAAGCUUGAGAAAUUUGGGACUUCUCUGCGGUGCACCCGUUGUAUUAAUCCGAACAUCACUGGCGUUAUCAAGUACCGUGUGGAGUUAUUGGUUGAUGAUGGGAAUGAUAAUGCCACUUUUGUAGUGUUUGACAGGGAAAUGCAGCUGGACUGACCCUAGCUGAGGUUUAUUUUUUCCAUACGCACUAUCUGCUGAUGGCAUCCAAUGUCACACAUGCUUCUUAUUUGCUUAAACUUGGCUACUGGCAGAUCAAUGGUUGUGGCAAUGAAGAACUCCCACAAUGUCUUAAGGACCUGGCUGGGAAAGAUUUUGUUUUCCAGAUACGUGUGACACCUUUUAAUUUUACUCCAAGCCACCGUACUUUCACUGUUUCUGCGAUCCUUGACAACAUCACCCCCGAGGUAUUCUAUUUAAUUGUUAACAGUACAUUAAAACUUACUCAUGUCAGAAUAACCAAAAUUUAACUGUUUGGCAGACUUUCAAAACCAAUGAAGCUCAAGUUGAAAGUGGUGAACCAUCGGCAUCUGCCAGCGUUAAGGUGCUGUUGAAGGCAAUGCACCAAAUCCACCAGGUUGUGGAGUCAAUGAAAUUGGCCGUAAACGCCCACGUGAGUGAAGUUAAAAAGCUGCAGCAACGUCAACCAUGCACUGUUUUUGUUUUCUUUAUUUUUCUAGCAUUUCCUGCAUUUCCUAUUUCUAGACUUCGCACCUAAUUUCAUAUUUGAAGGCUUUUGUUUCAUUUAGACUCAUGGUUUUAAUUUAAAUCAAAAUUGGUUGACGAAAUAUAUGGUAUUGCUGAUAGCCUAUUUUUAUAACAACACGUUUGCGUAUUCAUUUAUCUCCCAAACACAGGACGCAAGCACCCACGUGAUUGAGUGUUGAAAAGAAUCAAAACGUCUUCCCCAACCCUGCUUCUUUAACUUUAAGAAUUUUUAAAUUACUAUGCAUUUCCUAUUUCAGACUUUGCCAUAUUUUCCAGUAUUUUUCCAGCUUUUUAAGAAAUUCAUUCGAACAAUGUACCUCACACGAGGAUGACUUUUUUAACAUUUUAAUAG